UCUUUAUAUAUUCCAUCCAAGUCCGCCACCAUCACCUUCAAACACACUCUCGCUUCUCUCUCUCUCUCUCUCUCUCUCUCUCUCUCUCUCUCUCUACAAUGGAUAACCACAACCGGUUGAAACUGAAAAUCUCCCGCUUCCUCCGAUCAUCAUCAUGCGGGUCUUGUAAGUCCCGAACCACCUCGGACGUCAUCGCCCGACCCGAAACCCUCCCCCACACCCACCACCAGUACCAACUGAUCGACCUCUUCUCUCCCAACCCCCACCCACUGCCUUCCAUUUUCAGACCCAAGCCAGAACUCUUUUCACUACCCAAAGUACCCCACCCGAGCCCUCUUCUCACCCCACGAAAAACCGAUGGCCCAAAAUGCCCCCCUGCUUCACCCAUGUCCCCUUUCAUCGCAUUUUCCGAAUUCCAACAACCAGAGUCGAAACCCAGAAGAAAAAAGUCGAGAAAGAAGAGGAGUAGAGCAAAAACGACCCAGUUGUUAAAAAGGGGUAAUUCCGACAAUUACUAUGAUGAUAGCGAAGCAGAGGAUGAUGACGAUGAGAAAACGACUCUGUUCUCCUCCGUUUCUCUCUCCUCCGAUUCGUCCGAUUCUUUCAGGAGAAACAGAGUGAGUUACAAGGUGAACAGGCCGGUAACGGGGGAAUGCGAGAUGGGUUUGGCUCCAUUGCAGGGGAAAGUGAAAGACAGCUUCGUGGUGAAGAAGCGGUCGAGCGACCCGUACGACGAUUUCAGGAGCUCGAUGGUGGAGAUGAUCAUCGAGAGGCAGAUUUUCGGAGCGAGGGAUCUGGAGGAUCUGUUGCGGACUUUUCUUUCGUUGAAUUCGUAUCAUCAUCAUAGGGUAAUCGUUCAAGUGUACACGGAGAUUUGGGAUGCUCUGUUUUCUACGUUGUCUUGAAAUGUGGUUGUGUUUUUAGGGAGAAUGGUUAGUAGUCUCUAGAGUAAGGAUUGAAAUUAUCCAAUCCACGUUGAUUAUCUUAGUCUUUGUUGAUGGUAAACGUCGAGAUUAGCCAGUGAAAGGCCACGCGUUGGAUACGUUGAGCCACUGAAAAUUUAUUCGAUCGUUAAUUUCGGAAUUUCGAGAGUAAAGUUGUUCUGUCA